AUGGAGAUGCCCGAGUUCAAGCUCAUCCUCGUCGGCGACGGCGGCGUCGGGAAGACGACCUUCGUCAAGCGCCACCUCACGGGCGAGUUCGAGAAGAAGUACGUCGCGACGCUCGGCGUCGAGGUCCACCCGCUCGUCUUCCACACGAACCGCGGGCCCAUCAAGUUCAACGUCUGGGACACGGCGGGCCAGGAGCGCUUCGGCGGCCUCCGCGACGGCUACUACAUCCAGGGCCAGUGCGCCAUCAUCAUGUUCGACGUCACGAGCCGCAUUACGUACAAAAACGUGCCCAACUGGCACCGCGACCUGACGCGCGUCUGCGAGAACAUCCCCAUCGUCCUCACGGGCAACAAGGUCGAGAUCAAGGACCGCAAGGUCAAGGCGAAGCAGAUCACCUUCCACCGCAAGAAGAACCUCCAGUACUACGACAUCUCCGCGAAGUCGAACUACAACUUCGAGAAGCCGUUCCUCUGGCUCGCGCGCAAGCUCUGCGGCGACAACAACCUCCACUUCGUCGAGGCGCCGGCCCUCGCGCCGCCCGAGUUCAACAUCGACCCCGUCGACGCCCAGCGCUACGAGCAGGAGCUCAGGGAAGCCGCGAACAUCCCGCUCCCGGAGGACGACGACGACCUCUGA